UACUUUUCUCUUCGCAUUGAACCUCCAAUAACUUCACCUACUUUUUUAGUACAACCUUGCACAUUAACAAUGGUACACACAGUUCUUGACGGUCCAGUUAACGACGAAAAAGAGCUGAAAAGAAUUGUUUCGUUAGAAUAUCGCGUCAAUGAACUGGAAAACAGGCUAUUAAAGGAGGCGACGGCAGCAUUGGAGAAACGUGUGGAAGAGCUAGAAGCCUCGCUAAAAGAGUCUAACGAAGAAGAACAUAUAAGUACUACCCCACCGCCGCCACCUUACACCGUGGUUGACCAGUAUAAUGGUGCAAAUAACGUUCAAUAUCAUACACAGAAUCCAUACCCUGCUACCGUGAUAACAUCGGACGUUGACUAUCGCCUAGCACAGAAACUUCAAGACGAGGAGUAUGCAUUAUGGGUUGAUCAGAAUCAACAUGACUAUCGUACUCGACCCGGAGAGCCGUCAACAGCAGGAACUGCGGCGGCAGCAGGAACAGUAAUACCUCACCAUUGUAGACCACCGAUGCCUCCAAUACCCGAACAUUCUCCAUAUAACCAUCACCAUCAUCCUUGUCAAGGAGGCAAUCCCCAAUAUCCGGUUGUAUACGCAUCACCUAUUCAACCCCCAUUACCAUAUAGUCAGACUAUGCCAUAUGCUUCCAAUAAUGACAUUUGUGGUGAGGGACAACCAUAUUACGGAAGUAUGAAUCAAA